AUGGCUAGGAUGGAAGCUAUGCUUGCAAAUCUUGGCAAGGAAUUUAAAGACAUGAAAAAAUUCCAGCAGAAAGUAAUAUCCAAUUUGCAAAACCAAGAUGCUGCCACUCAGAAACUUGAAGCACAAAUCGAAUACUUGUCCAAGAAAGCCCCUAGCCAUAGUUCAGGUAAUGCCACCAGGACAAAUUCAAAAGAGGAAUGCAAAGCUAUUACCCUUAGAAACGGAAAGGAAUUGAAAGAGAAUCCAAGGGAGACUCAAGAAGGGAAGGAAGAGGGCAUUUCAAACGCUAAGGAAGAGGCACAAGCACCUACUCCCAACCCAUCAGAAGAGAAAGAAGUUCUAAGGCCAUAUGUCCCAAAGGCUCCUUGCCCUCAGUGCCUAAUGAAGAAUGUAAAGGACAGUCAAUUCUCCAAAUUUUUGGAGAUUUUCAAGAAAAUUCGUAUCAACAUUCCCUUUGCAGAAGCACUAGAACAAAUGCCACUUUAUGCUAAGUUUUUGAAGGAAUUAAUGACCAAGAAGAGAAGUUGGAGGAAUGAUGAAACUGUGGUAUUAACUGAGGAAUGUAGUGCUAUCAUCCAACACAAGCUGCCUCAAAAAUUGAAGGACCCAGGAAGCUUCCAAAUUCCUUGCUUCAUAGGGGAAAUAAUAGUUGAAAAAGCCUUAUGUGACUUGGGAGCUAGUAUAAAUUUGAUGACCUUAACAAUGAUAAAAAGAAUGAAGAUUGAGGAAGCCAAACCAACAAGAAUGGCCCUCCAAUAA